AACAACAACAACAACAUCAGUGUCAGUGAUGCUGUGACAGUAACAAGAGAGGUAGAUCACAAGGCUUGUUCGAGCAACAGCAAGGAGGUGGAUGACGACGAUGCCGAUGAUUAUGUUGUGAAUAGGCUUCGUAGGUUAUUGGAUGCGGUGGAAGAGCCUGCGUUAAUGGAGGAGCAGCUCAGUACCAAUGACCAAUUGCAGGAAGAUGAGUUACUUGUGGUGGAGUCGAUAUACGGAGAAAAUGUUAACAAGCUUGAAAGCUGGAAAGGCCUCCGUUGUUUUCAGAUCCAAAUACACAUCGAAGUUUUGGGUGAAAUUGCCAUUAUUGCUAAGCUGAACUCUUCUAAUGAACUUGAUGUUGCAAGCGGCAAUUCGGAUGACUUCUUCUACUCUUUCAAAGUUCAGUAUCUUCCACCAAUCGUUUUGACCUGCUUAUUGCCCAAGUCAUAUCCAAGCCACCAACCACCUUUAUUUACAGUCUCUGUUCAAUGGUUGGAAUCUUUAGAUAUUUUAAGUCUAUGCUCCCAGUUGGAUUCUAUAUGGGCAGAGCAGCAAGGGCAAGAAGUAAUAUACCAGUGGGUAGAUUGGUUACAAAGUUCUUCUCUUACUCACCUGGGAUUUGAUAAGGAAAUUAUACUUGGUCGGAAUGGCGUGAAUUGUGUUGGAGAUGAGCGUGUUGUUUCAGGUUCCAUAUCCCUUGAUGCUGCUAUUCCUUUCUUGCGAGGUUACAAUAAAGAGCGGCAUAAUGAGAACUUCCUCAAAGAAUUACAUGAGUGUAGCAUUUGCUUUAGUGAAUAUCCAGGUACCGAGUUUGUCCGGUUACCAUGUCAGCAUUUCUUUUGCUUGAAAUGCUUGCAGACCUUCACUCAGAUGCAUGUAAAAGAAGGCACCAUUAGUAAUCUUCAAUGUCCUGAUUCAAAAUGUAAGGUUAUGAUUCCACCUGGCCUUUUGAAACACUUGCUUGGUGAUGAAGAGUAUGAGCGCUGGGAAUCCAUGAUGCUGGAGAGAACACUUGCAUCAAUGUCUGAUGUUGUUUAUUGCCCAAGGUGUGAAACACCUUGCAUAGAGGAUGAAGAUCAGCAUGCUCAAUGCUCAAAAUGCUUUUUUAGCUUUUGUACUCUUUGUCGGGAACGACGCCAUGUUGGCAUAGCAUGCAUGACACUAGAUAUGAAACUUCAAAUUUUGCAGGUAUGAUAUUUGGAAUGUUCUAAUCAUGGUUUUUUCCAACAAUGAUCUUAAAAUCAAACAGUAGUUAUAGUUUUCAAAGAAAUUCAUCGAGAUUCCAAGUUGUGCCCUUCUUGUAGCAUGGCAAUCAACCGAACCGAAGGUUGUAACAAAAUGAAGUGCAGUAACUGUGGAGCAUACUUUUGUUACCGCUGCAACAAAUUAAUUGAUCCAUCAGACCCAUAUGGGCAUUUCAGGGAUGGAUCCUGUGAAUUGUUCCCACAAGAAAUGAUUGAGAACUGGCAAGAGCGCAUUAACCAUCGCCAGGUCGUAGGGCAACUACAGGCUGAACUCUUUCGGGAACGCGGCCUGCCCUGUCCUAACUGUCGUCAGUUCAAUGCAAAGGUUGGAAACAAUAAUCACAUGUUUUGCUGGGCAUGCCAAAGCCAUUACUGCUACUUGUGCAACGAAAUUGUGAGGCGCGGGUCUAAGCAUUAUGGUCCAAAGGGCUGCAAACAGCACACUGAGGGGUAAUCUUUGUUUAGCAUCAUUAUAAAACAGGUCAUUAGGUGAUUCCAGAUUAGGGAAGCUGCGUGCAAAAGAUGGAAACUAUGUUAUAUACGUCUUCCAGGUUUCAAUUGUAUUAUAUCUCUGUGUCUCACACAAUUUUGUUUCCUAUUAUUCUUUUUCUGAAUGAUCAAUUAUUCUCUCUUCUAUAUGUUUUGUCCUUCUAAUAUAUUGAGUCUAUCUUCUUCUCC